AUGACUUCGGCUUCUUUCAACCAGGCUCUUCUCCAGCCCGCAGUCCUUCAGAUCUUGCGAGCAGCAGGCUUCAAUGCUGCCCGACCUGCGGUCCUCGAUACACUGACAGAUCUCGCGGCACGGUAUCUUCGUCUGCUCGCUGAGUCGACUGCUCAAAAUGCGACAAACAUCCACAACGACACCGUCGCGACAGUCCAGGAUGUACGCUUGGCGUUGACAGAGAAUGGCGCUCUUUUCCCUCAGAUGACACCCGACGAAGAGGAUCGCAGACCAGAUGUCGAAGUCGCAGGGGAGAUGGUACCGUUCGAGGACUUGCGAGGUGUGCAGGCAUUCAUCGAGUGGGCUCAGGGCAGCGUGAACAAGGAGAUUCGACGGAUCGCGGGAGUGUUGGAUGACAAGGCGACUGAUAUUGAUUUGGUAGCUGCGGGUGUCAUGGACGGGAAGAUGGAUUAUUUGACGACACUCAAGAAACCUGGCAAAGGAGACGACGACUUCCGAUUCCAAGGCACCUUCCUCGGCAAAGAGACAGAGCCACAGCCUAUUAUCAUUGCUGGAGGAGAUGCCACACUCUCAGACUUCAUGGAUCGAUACAAAGCCAAAGUCACAACAGCGGCCAUCGACGAUGACGAAGAUGGCAGUCCCGGCGACUCCUCUAUCCUCAGUUCUGCACCGGUCACGCCUGGUGCAGACAAUAUUGCUACCGGCACUGUGACCGUAUCUCUUUCUCUCACACCAGAAGCACCCGAGGUACCCAUCGAGACAUCCGCAGGGCCCUAG